GCUUUGAAAAUAUUCAUACUUGUAAAAGGGACGGGUCAGCAUCUGGCUGCAACUUUUAGCCAACUCUGGGGGAUUAUAUUUUGUCAUCUUUGUCUGAAACGAUGGAGUCCGAUACUCUAUUGCACGUCGCUAAUUUCAGCACGCUAUUUGUGUGCAUGGUGCUCAAAUUCCCUCAGAUUUUUGUUCUUAUGAGAGCAAAAUCAACGACUGGAGUCAGCCUCAACAGCCUCCUGCUGGAGUUAACAGGGUAUGUGCACUCAGUUUCCAAAGUGUCUGAACGUCCCAUAUUAUGAAUCUAUAGCAUUUAACUUUAUUUGAUUGAAAAAUAAUCCUUUGGUAUCAAUGUGGUAAGGAUUUGAGUGCAUCGGCUCCUAUUAUUGUACACUGAAGUUGCUUUAUAUUGAUGUGGUGUAGGUAUUCUUGUACCUCACCACAGAUCCAAACUCCGUUCAAAAUGAAUGCAAUUUAAGCGAUCUUGGUCACACACAACAUUUCGCAGAUGUAUAAGUUCUUUUCAGACGUGUCCUGAAUAUGUGAACCAUUUUACAUAAUUCGGCCUGAAUAUAACAAAGCACUUACCUUUUUUCUUCAUUAAACCUUGUAAAUCUCUGUUUUGCUCCACCUGACGCGCUACCAAGGGUGUUUGCCUUUAGUGGGGGAAUAAAAGGGGAAACGCAUCUUUAUACAGACUGAUUAUUGUAGCCAGUGGAGGAUUUAAAGCUGGUGUCUGUUAGAGAUUAAGAAUAAAAUAGGGCACAGCUGCCCUGUGACAAAUAAAUAAAUAAAUCUCUGUAUGCUGGUUUUAUACUGAACUGUUGUGUUUUGGAUACAGAGUGCAGAGCUGUGAUUGAUUUCCUAUGAUUUUUGAGAACAUUAAGUGUUAUAAUUUAAAGUAUUUAAAUCAGUGCAUUAGAUUACCUCAUAAAGAACUGAAAAAUGAUCUUAGAAUAGAUGUGCCUUUUCUGCUAUUUUUGUAGGUUCUAUAUUAAAAAUCAUUCAUAGCAAGAGACUGAGUCACUCUACCCUAUGUGUAAAGCUGUAUGAAUUCUCAGCGUCCUGUCUCUCCUCUGUGUCUGGCAGCAGCUGCACCCUUCUAAAUGUCUCUACUGUGUUGGUGAGCGAUAGCCGACAGUCACUGCAUGCUUCAGGAAAAAGUAAAGUGUUAAAGCUUCAUUUGGUGAACAGAAAUGACAAGGGUAUUCCAAAGAUAUAAUACUAGCAUUGAUUCAAACUGUCAGAUCUAUUGGUAAUGAAUCUUUGCUAAGCCUAUUUUUAUUGGAGUGGAACAUUGGCAAUCAACUGCAUGUGACCACAAAUCAGAUAGGCAUGGAGUAAAAUCGGAUUCCUCCUCAGUUACUGUGAGACAUUAUUAAUGUUUGAGUGAUCAUGGUGAUAGCUGCUAAAAUUUAUUGCCUUUAAAAAAAAUUAGUUUUCAGCCUGUCUGAGAACAAAAAACACCCAAAAGAUUAUUUUUGGGAUUUUGAUUCAGUGAUGUAGCAAAUUAUUCUUCAGACAAAGGUUGAUGAAGUUAGUUUAUGAUCCCUGAGAGUUUAAAAUGAAAAUCUCUUACUUCAGCUGCACUCAGCUCUUCUUUAAAUGUCAUUCUGCUUUGAAGCGUUAGCGUGAAGUGUGCAGCUACAUGCACACUUCCUUUCAAGAACUGCAGGAUAUUGCAGACCUCCAUUUGCCAUCUGACUUGUAAAGAUUCAUCCUGUGCAGCUUUAACUUGAUCUGGUUUUGGUGGUUUAUUGUUGUCGCAGCUCCAACUUGCAUCCGUUUGUAAGCCAUUGCCAUGCCUGCACACAGAAACCUGCACACACACCAUCAGUCACCACAUUCAUCCAUCUGCAUGUUAGCUCGAUAAACAGGAUACGGGGCCUAGCCAACAGAUGAUGGUCCUUACCUGAAAUCUACAACUCUGUUCAGCACUGCUGGUUCAUCAUGUUUGCAGAGUGCAUUGAUCCAAGCAUAAACAGUCACAGUUAGGCUCGUUCCAUGAAGUCAUAAUGACAAAGGUUAAGCAUGACGUGGCAAGGAAAAUUCUCCUUUACUGCAUCAGACCAUGAGUGUUCUCAACAUCCCAUUUCUACCAUUUGGAUCAUUGCUUUGGUGGUUUUGUUUCAACCUUUCAGCACAGUACAAUAACAUGAAACCUUUUGUCUUACAGGUUCAUUGUGUUUGUAACAUAUCAGAUGUACUAUGACUACCCUCCUCCGACAUACCUGGAAUAUCCCAUUCUUAUUGCUCAAGGUGAGUCGUCUAUUUCAGACGCAGAUCAAAUCAGUGCUGAUUAUGAGCCUAUUUAAUGAACAGGUUUUAUUAUGAGAACUGAAAGGUGUUUAGAAGUUCAAUUGAAGGCUAAGCCUCAAAAGGUUGGUUAAGAUUUUUUGAAGUGUAACUUUUCAAUAGGAGGUGUACUGAAUUCAGUCAUAGGAGAUCAAUAUCAGCUGAGCCUCUUUGAUGAGAAACCGACUGGACAACCAGAUCACAAAGAAGGCAAUUGGCCUUUGCAGAUGAUGUUGACUUGGCAACUUGAUUCAGCUAAUUUUUACAAAACUCUUACUCAAACGCUGAUGUCUGGUGGGAAAUAAUUCUACUUCUCAUUUGAUCAUCCUCCUCAAUAAUCACUGUCUGAGUGAGUUUAUGAUGUGAACUGCUAGUUUUAGGUUCUCUUUGACACGAUGUGAUGCUCACAUUGAAAAUUACUGUUAAAUUCCAAGUCAACUAGAUAAUAGAGCAGAGUAUAUUUGGUGUGGACCUACCCAGUGAUUGACAGGCUGCUACCAUGGUCACUUCUCAAAGGGAUACAUACGUCGUAAUGGAUGCCAAAAUAAAAGACUAUAAAACAUGGUUGUCCCAGUGUCGAUGGCAUCGCCUGUUGGUUUCCCAAUGUUAGAAAUCUGCAGGGAUGUGGAGGUGAGGCUGUAGCCUGGCUGCCCCAAAAAUGGAUAGACAUGUGACUGAUCAGCCAUGCCCCACAUUGUGUCGAAUUUUUAGCUCAAAAAUGAUCAAAACAAGUAUUAAAAAUGUAAAAAAUCAAUAAAUGAAGGGACCAGAACAGCUUUUGUAAAGAUGCUCGAUUCAGCUGUAAAAAUGGAUGUUCAAAAAUGAGCUGUAACAGGGUUGUCUUGUCUUCUGAGGUCUUGGCUUGGUAAGUUAACACUUACCAACCUUUUGCACUUCCACACUGGCUUCGAUUUUCGAGGUUGCUGCUUGGUCAAAACACCCGCUCUGGCUUUGAAAGAACAACACUGUCUGCAGCUACAACACCAACAGCACAGCAUAACAUUGGGCUGCCACAAAUGAAUGGGUGUCGUCAUGCAGGCUGCGCCAUCUCCCCACACACAGUCUGUGGUCAAAAGUAAUCAUGUUCGAGAAAGAUGAACAUCAAUAUGACAAAUGUUUGACCGUGGUUAAAUAUUAUACACAGGGCUUUGACAGAAAAUCAAUGAACCCUCCACAUGUGAGCAGCAAUAAAUGUCUUGUUGUAGAGUUCAGGUCUCUCAAUGAUCGUGUAGUUUGGAACAAAUGACUUGAUCCGAGUUUCCUUAGAGAGCGGCAUAAAGUCAUCUUUGACCCUCUAUUGAUCUCCAUCCAUAAUCUCCAUCUGUAUGAGCCUGAAAAACACAACACCAGUUUCCCCACUGGACUCAGGCUGCUGGACCAUUAAGUGUCCACCCCAAGAGGUCUGUUAGUGACAGGAAAAAUAUUGAUAUCUUCUGUGAGUGUUUCAACCGGGGAGAUAUGAGUGUGUGGGUGAAUUAAUGAGGCUGUGAAAAAUUGGUGAUGUUCUCUCUAAACGCAGUCAGACUCAGUCUCCUGAAACCUGCGGCUCAUUGAUCAGCUGUGAGUUAUAUUCUGCUGUCUGUCCAUAGAUGUCAUUCUUCUUCUCCUGAUCCUUCACUACAAUGGCAGCCUGAAGCAGAGCCUGGUCUACGCCCUGGUGUAUCCUUUCAUAACUUUCAAAUCAUGUGAAGGUGUUCACUCAGCUCUGAAGAGAAGCAAUGACUCUGUUGAAACCUUUUACUGAAUGAAUGCCUUAACUGAAUGUGCUCAGGUUUGUCGGAGGCUGGAGACUCCUCACCGUGGACAAGUGGAUCAUAGAUUUGGCCAUGGUAAUAAACUUGUUUCCAUGGUAAUAAACUUGUUUAACCUCAAUCAUAAGUCAGAGUCAGCAAAAAGUUGGCAUGUCGUCAGUCAGUGAAAUGAGGUGGAGAUUUGAAAAAAGAGCUAUCCUCUAUCUCAUUGCACCUUGUGUAUCUCAGAGGGCACCCAGAAACAGUAAAUGCUGAACCGCCUUGAUGGUAAUAAAAAGGUGAAAGCAGCACUUUUGAAGUGGCCUUUCCUUUCAGAGUUGAAAUUUUGCAGACAUCAUAAAGUGUUUGAACUUUUCCCUCUGAGAACUGAGUUAUAGAUCUCUUUAAAAAUAGAAAUGCAAAAACACUGCAAACUGAAUCUGGGGUCUCUGACCUCCUCUUUCUCCUCAGAGUCUUUGCACAUUCAUCAGUGCUGCCAGUAAAUUUGCUCAGCUUCAGUGCCUGUGGAAGUCCAAGGAGGCUGGACAGGUUAGCGCCCUCUCCUGGGGUAUGGCCACAUACACCUGUAUGGGUGAGUACUACAUAUGGGCAUUUGAGCUGUUCUCUUUUAGGCACACUUUUACCUGGUUCUGAGACUUCAUAUCCUCUCUUGUCUACAAAUGUCACGUAGCUGUAUCAAAUCUGUGCUACUACAUUAAAAUGAAUAACAUCACAGCCGUGUCAGCCCUUCAUCUGAGGUGAUUUUCUUAAACCUUGUAUAAAUAAGUGAUUGUGCCCUUAAGACCUCGAAAAAGAGACCAAGUUUGCUGGCUGGAUGAGUUGGUAGAGCAGAGCAGAAGCCUUACAUGACCACACCUGUCCAGGGUUCGACUCAAACCUUAGGCCCUGGAUACAUGUCAUCCUUGGUCUCUCUUCCUUGCUUCUCCUGCCCCUCCUCUGUGAUGCGGUCUAAAAAUCAUCUGCAGAAAUAACACGGUUUAAAACAUGUUAAAAAAGAGGGUUUCAAAAUGUGUUGGAACUCUAACACUCCUAUUGGAAAUUCAUUAAUAAUACAUGAGACUAAAUACCAAGAGUCUUCUUCAAGAGUGAUACAAUAAAUAUGUAUGAAACAUGAUUAUCUCUACUUUUCAGAUAAAUGCUAAUGUCCUCUUAUCUGUCAGCCCUCAUGCUUAGCGUUCUUAUUACAUUCAGGAAGUUUUAACCAAUCUGUCUUCCCUGAAGUACUGUUACUCACACUUCAUGAAUAUGUAAAAUACUAUUUACUCAGCUUUUAAUUAAAAGAAAUUAGCAAUUCCAUGCCUCAUUAAUUUAAUAUUAGAUGCUCUGUGGGAUAAUGAGGAUAUCAUCAGCAUGGCUUCCUCUAUGUUUCAGCACGGAUUUACACCACCACAGUGACGACUGGAGACAUGCAGGGUGAGUCACGAGUUUACAAAUGAAGUAGUUUGUAAUAAUAUUUUCUCAUUUCAUUUGUUCUUAAACACUUUGCAAAUAUUUUUUUUGUGAAUAUGCAUUACUGUUCAACUUUUUGUUGUUUUUUGCUUUAUCUGGUGUUCAAUUAAGACUGCACAGCAGAGGCAUUAAAUCCACCAAAGGAGUCCUAUCUUGGUUCUCAGUCAGAUGAGUGUCCCCUGUUAAUUGUCAAACUGCUGAGUGUGUGUUUUCUGACACAAAUUGUGUUUUUCGGCACUUUGAAAUUGAAUUUGGGAGGUUUGUUUACUGUGCAGAGUGAAAUAUAAAAAAGAACCGUCUUUCUUAGUUUUUAAAGUAAAGUAUAUUUUGACUUUCCUUCUUGGUAUAUAGUCAAUAGAUAAUGAAACAACAGCUCCCUCAGUGCCUUCAUAUAGAAAAGCUGCCAAUGCUCCCUACACAGGGUCAAGGCUCACACUCAUAAAGGUUUAAAACUUGUUCUGCAACAUUAUUGUUCGUCUGGCGAUAUUUAUGGCUGUUUUUCACCCUGUUUAGCUCUUCUGCUUCUUUUUGAGUUACAGUUGUUUUCAAUUGUUAAAGUUCUGUGAUUAUUGCUGCAGCUGUUUAGCAUUAAUUAUAGAGAUUUUGGGUCUCUUGAUAGAUGUGAUGUAAAUAAUUUGUGGUUGGUUUGUGUCCCCUAGUUGUAAUUUAAAGUAAAUUCAUGGUCAUUAUGCAUGGCCUCGUAGCUAUUGUGCUGACAUAAAUGGUCAUGGAGCAUCUCUUUAAUGGCUCUGUGUAGCUUAAUAGUUGAUAUUAGUGAUGCACAAUAUCACCAACCUAUCACUAUCAGAAGUUAAAAGCUCAAAAAGUUCAUUUUCAGUAUCAGCAGACAUGCAAAUCUCUCUCUAUAUAUGCACAGCACUGAGUGGCACAUUAAUUAUACUCUUCAAUGACAGCUUAUGUGUUGGCUGUGUGUACGUUUAAAGUGUCUGAAACAGACAACACAAUAGCUGUUUGAAAUGCUUGUAAAACAGACAGUGUGGGAGGAGAAGCAAAUCAGCACUCCUUGAAUACUGCCGGUUUCAUUUCAUAUCUCAGACCUGUCAACCUGUACAGCACCACAAAGUUUUAAAAGAAAGAAUGAAAGUCUAGAACUAGGAUCGCCUGUAUGUACCUUAAAUGGCUUUUCGUGUUUUUGUGGUUGAUCUAGUGAGUCAUAGCAAUAGCAUGACCUUAAAGAGAUAUAAGAAACACUUUACAUGAAGGUCCCUGUAAUGAGCAUUAAUUCAAAGUUAAAAGCUGCUUACUUGACCAUUAAAAGAUGCUUUUGAACGUCUCUAAUUACAUAAUUAACACAUUUCUUACUGCUUAUAAAACACAUACUACUCUCAUUAAAGAGAUUCAUUGACAGUUUUUAUUCCUGCCCUUAUUAACAUCAAUUAGACUUAUUAAGGGUUAAUUGGAGAUUAAUAACCAUAUUAUUUAUUUGCUUGAAAUAAACUUAUUACCAACUACAAUAUGAAGACAGCUUUUAAAAAUGAAGACAUCUGUAUGAGCCUUUAUUACAAUCAUUACUCAAAUGCAUUAUUACUGCUUAUAACCUACCGUCGAAGCACUUAUAGGCCUAUUUAUAAUUUACUGAACAUUGAUAAGACUAUAAAAGGUUUUGAUGAAUGCCUUGUGAGUUCACUUUCUGGAUCUAGAGUUGGAUCAGUGUUUCAUAAAGAUGAAUAAAGCCUUUAAUAUUCCACUGACUGCUUAUAGGGAAGCUGUUAAUAAGUUUCCUUACAAGUUUAUAUUUAUCUUUAAUUAACCCUUAUAAAGUUAAUUCAGUGAUAAUAAACAUGCUUUUGAUGUUUGUCGCAGACAUAUACAUAUAUACACUGUUCACAUGUUUCCAAUGAGAGUCUAAGUAUUUCAUAAGCAGAAUGUUUUAACUAUGCUUAAAUUAACACAGUUUCAUCUUGUAAGGUAUUGUAGGAGGAAUAUUUCCUGUGAAUUCAUGCUUGUUAGAAUGACCCUGAUAUUUAAGUUACAGAGCUAUUUAAGGAUUUUUGAAGUGAGGUUACAUGAGACUAACAACUUCAUAAGCCACAAUGGAUGCUGGUCAGUCCAGUCCCCUUCAACUAAGAGACUGUUUUCUCCACUUCACUUUACCGUCAGAAAGCCCAAAGAAACAAAAAAUACAACCACGUAAACUAAUGAGUGAUUCUACCUGUGCCGAUGACAUGCCAUUUCACACAUGUACACCUUUAUGAGCCAGACUGUACAGAGGAAAAGGGCGACUCAGUGAGCCAAAGGUAAAAGCGGUAGCAUGAUGGUACCGGUGUGCACACAAGGAGCCACUGCCUACACAUCAAGAAAACUACGUACUUUCACAAACAAGACUUGGGUCAAAAGUUGAUCCUUUUAGAAUCAAAAUAUACCAGCUGUUCACUCAUGGCUGCAGUCAGCAUUGUUUACCAGAGUCUACUAAACACUGCAGUUUACAGACUUUCUCCAAUAUUCAUGUUUUUUUGUUUUUUGUUUUUUUUGUGGCCAGUACACUCCACAGUUACAUAUGACUUAUGCUAUCCCACUUCAAAAAUACUGAAAUGUCCCUUUAAUAAGUGGUGUUAUCAGCUUUUGCAUGUUAAACAGCCCGAUUCUUUACAGAAGAGUAGAUGCAGACAGUCUCAUGUAGAAGAACAAAGUGUUAACCAACAGAGACAUCAAGAGGCCGCUCUGGUACUUUCACUCGUACAUCCUCAUCAGUUUGGGAUGUCUAUCUAUCUUCAUGAUCUUGUGAGUGAAUCCUUGUUUCUCAUAAAACUUCUCUUUUUGCCUCAGUUCUGGUGCGGUUCAUCGCCAUGACGUUGCUCAACAUGUGGGUGCUGCUCACUGUACUGUACUACCAGAGGAGCAGCAGCAGGACCAAGAAAGAUGACUAAGCUUUAAAGUGGAGUCCUGAUGUUAACCUGCUGUCCUGCCAAACUGCAGGUGUGUUCCUGCUCAGUUUACUGCUCAGAUUCAUUCUGUUCUUCUUGACAGAGACAACAAAACAAACAAAAAAAAACGAUUAUGCAAGCAGUGUUUGUAUUACAGACCCAUAAAAUAUGCUUUUUCUAACGUUUUUACCUCAGUGUUUAACCCACACAUUUCUUUUUGUUACAUUCCAGUUAGUGUAAAUGUUUGGGGAGCAGAGACCAUUGUUUUUGUUUUUUUGUUUUUUCCAUGUAUGACUGAGAUCACUCUACUCAGGAGAGGAAAUACUGUAUUUGAAAAUCUUUUGUGAGCGUUCAGUUCUCCCUGGAUUUUUUUUUAAUAAAGCAAACUUUCUACCUUCA